UAUACAUUUUUAGUCUAGUGUGGUGGUAUCUGUCGACAGGAGGGUCUUCUUCGAGUGGUCUUGUACUUUUAUUGACUGUUGUAAUUUGUGAUAAAAUUUCUUCCCCGUGCCUCGACUGCUCGAUACUUGCCCGCCCUUGGGAUUAGGCGUUUUGUGCGCUCCACUGUAGGUCCUGUGUCCGUCAUACGCGACUCCGCUGCGCGGUUAUUUUCCUUCGCCCACAGAGCGCUCGGACGGACGUUGGAGACGUGUGGUGUGUUGUGUACUGGCCCAGUGAUCGUCAUCACCGCGGCAGUGUAUUCGCUACGUCGUUGCUAGUGCCGUGUUGGUGUUGUAGACGCGCGGGCAGCUAUACGGAACUGCUCGAAGAGGGACUCGACCUGCACCGCCGUGGUCGAUUGAAUUAUGAUACAACCGCCGGUUUCAGCAGAGUGAUCCGGAAACGUGGCAUGGAUGCCAGGCAGCGAUGGACAAGUUUGCAGUGGAUCUAGACAAAGUGCUUGACGAGCUUGAGCAAAGCGAAGGCUUGCUGUCGGAAAAGCUUCCCGAGACACAGCUUCAUGAGUUUGAAGUGCCUAGACCAUCGACUCAGGCAAUCCCCAAGUGUCGUGGAGACGUGCCACGACAAAAUGGGGACCACAGUGCCGUGCCUCCUCCGGUCCUGCCCUCUGCCAAUGCACAAGUAUUAACAGACUCAAAGAAGCCGAACAGCGAUGAAGCAAGUAGCGGCAAGGCAUUCUUCUGGGACGGCAGUCCGGCAACAGUGCUCGACUCAACCACAACAUCAUUGUACUCGCAGAAAGGUGUCAGAAAUGCUCCUGUGCACAUGCCCUCGACUGCUUCACCGUCCAUCCCUUUGGAAGCUACAGCUGGUCACUUACAAGAAUGUGUUGACUCUCCUGGUGCAUGCAGCGUUGGUCGCAAUGUGUGUGUCCCAGUGCAAGUCAGUGGUCCUGACCGAACCGGUGGUUUAAGAGACUCAAUUGAGUUGCCCAGCUACUCUUCAGCACAACUGCCGCCUUUAGUGGCUCCCAGUGGCAACACUGUUUCAAAUGUUUGUGGCAGGCCUGUUUCCAAGGCUGACGUCUGCAACAGCAGUGAUGGUGGUGUUAUGUACAAUGGGCAAGUGAGUAGUUGUGGCGAUGAAGUGAGGUUGGGAACGAAUGCUGCAACUGAACAGUUAGUGUUACGUGUGGAACCAAAAACAUUGUCUGCGGCAUCUGAAGCAAAUGCAAAUAGAGUUUCUGAUGAUGGUGCUUUCAGUGAAUUGCUUCCAAAAAGUUCAGUUCCUCAAGACAGCUUUCAGUACCCUGAUUUGCUCACCUUGAGUCCCGUUGGGGAUACCUCAGUGCACAAGCCUGCUGAACCGCUACAGUCACUCAGUGCACAAGCCUGCUGA